UGUAAAAUGGCGCACAGCUGUCGGUGGCGGUUCCCCGCUCGGCCCGGUGGGAUCAACAACGCGGGCAGCGGGAGAAGAGCGAGCCGGAUACGGGUCACUGCCUCUCUCCGAACUGGCACCGGAUCCCACCCGAACACAUACGGCCUUGGGCCGGGCUUUGAUGCUGCGUUGCAAGUCUCCGCUGCCAUCGGCAACAACCUGCAGAAAUUUCGGGAUGUUUUUGGGGAGGAAAGUGGCUCUAGCAGCGGGGAGGAGGAGCCGUUCUGCGGAUUCAGGACGCAGGUCGGAAACAGAAGAUCACAGAGCGCCACCAGGCCCACCGCAGCCAAGUCUGCACAGGAGAAGAAGCCCAGGGGCCGCCCGCCCCGGGCGCUAACGGCACAGAGGGGUCCCUCCGCCCCACCCGCCACCUCCGCCUAUGGCAAGCCCGAGGGCGGAGGCCCGCCCCCGGAGAAGGUCAAGAGGCCCCCCGGGAGGCCCCCGGGGUCCGGGGACAAGAGGAGAGGCCGUCCCCCGGCCUCGGCCAGUCAGAGGAGCCAGGGGGCGGCGGAGGGCAAGGACGCCGCGGAGCAGUCGGGGACAGGCGAGGAGGAGAAGGGCCGGAAGGUGGCUCGGCGGACCCCCCUGGGGUCGGUGCAGCAACAGACGCAAGGCUGGACCAAGGGCCCCCGGGGGCCCCGCGUGGGCCGUGUCUCCAGCAUCUCCAAAGCCAAGCGCCUGCGCUCGGUGAAGCUCAAGUCCCAGCUCAAAGCGGCCGCGGCGGCGGCGGUGGCGGCCGCCAGCGUGAAGAAGGGCGUCCCGGGCCCCGCGGGGCAGAGACGGAGGCGGGGCCGCCCCCCUUCGGUGGAGCGGCUCAAAGCGGAGGCCGCCGCCGCCGCCGCUGCUGCUGCCGCCGCCAGCCAGGCCUCCACCGCCUCGGCGGCCCAGCUGCCCGUCGGCGAAAGAAAGCGGAAGGCCUUCAGACUGCGGCGGGAUCGAGAGCCCGCCCCCGCGGGCGCGCACGAGCUCCAGGCCUCCCUCGCUCCGGACGCCCGGACGCCCCCGUCCGCCGCUGCUCCCGAGGCCGCGUCCGUGCGGCCGAACCGGCCGGUGGGCGUGAGGCAGAGCCCGCGGCGCGUCAAGCCCGUGCGCGUGGUCCCGCCCUCCAAGCGCACCGACGCCACCAUCGCCAAGCAGCUGCUGCAGCGUGCCAAGAAGGGGGCGCAGAAGAAGCUGCUGGAGAAGGAGGGGUCGUCGGGGGCGGGCGCGGCGGGCGUGCCGACCGGCCCGGGCGGGGAGGCGGCCGGCCGGCGGAGGAGACGGACGCAGCUGAAGAACAUCCGGCAGUUCAUCAUGCCGGUGGUGAGCACGGUCUCCCUGCGCAUCAUCAAGACGCCCAAGCGCUUCAUCGAGGACGAGGCCAGCUUCGGGUCGCCCCCGCCCCACCUCAAGAUGCCCCGGCUGGAGGCGGCCCCCUCCGCCUCGGCCUCGCAGCCCUCCGCUGUCCCUUCCUCCGGCCUGGCCGCGCCCGUUCCCCCCGGGGCGUCCGUCUCCGCGGGCCCCGCGGCGCCCCCGGGCACCCCUCCCCUGCCCCCUCCCGCGGCCGCCAGCGCCCCGCCCGCCCCCGGCCUGCUGCACGCCGGCAGCUGCAACAACAGCACCAGCAACGGGCGCUUCAGCAGCAGCGCGGCGUCCUGCGGCUCCAGCGCGCCCUCGCAGCACUCCUCCCAGCUGUCCUCCGGGGACUCCUCCCGCUCCUCCAGCCCCAGCCUGGACUCCUCCUGCGACUCGCAGGCGUCCGAGCGCACGCCGGCCGCGUCCGACGAGCCCGACGCCUCGCCGUCGUCCCGGGGCGAGCACGAGGCCGGGCUGCUCCUGGCCUCGCGCCCCCCGUCGCCCCCCUCCGAGCCCGAGCACGCCCCGCUGAUGGAGCGCGGCAGGAGGGGGAGACGCGGCCAGGGCGCUGCCCGCGGCGGGAUGCUCGACGGGCGGAAGAAGUCGGUGAUCAGCCCCGGGGUGCUGCUGACGUCCUCCUCCCGGGCGGGGUCCCAGCAGGCCUCUUCCACGGCGUCCUCCUCUUCCUCGCCCCCUCCGCCCCCUCUCCUGGCGCCCCCGCAGCCUGCCCCUUCCUCCGCCUCCGCCAUCAGCGAGCACCACCCCCACUCGGCCUGGAUCAUCCCGCCGCACCCCAUUGCCCCCUUCAUCCCCGCCCCCGUGCUGUCGCCCCUGCAGGAGAAGCGCGCCUCCAUCCUGCGGGAGCCCACCUUCCGCUGGACCUCCGCGUCCCGCUCCGAGCAGCGCUGCUUCUCCUCCGCCAAGUACGCCAAGGAGGGCCUGAUCCGCAAGCCCGUCUUCGACAACUUCCGCCCGCCGCCGCUCACCGCCGAGGACGUGGGCCUGCUGCCCCCGAGCACGGGCGCCGGACCGGGCGGAGGCGGCGCUCCCGCGGGGUUCCCCAACCAGGGCGGAGGUUCCGGGGCGGGCACCCGGCUGUUCUCGCCUCUCCACCCCCACCCCCACCCCCACCCGCACCCGCAUCCCCACCCACACCCCCACCGCAUGCCGUCGUCCCGGUUCGAGACGCCCCUCCACAAGCGCAGCCCCCUGCUCCGGGCGCCCCAGUUCACCCCCAGCGAGGCGCACUCUCGCAUCUUUGAGUCGGUCACCAUGGCGUCGCCGGCGGCCAGCUCGGGCUCCGUCUCCUCCCUGCACUCUGCGGCCGCCGCGGGCGUCAGGGCGGGGCGGCGCAGCGGCAGGAGGCGCCGGGGGUUCGGCACCCUGCGGGGCCACCCGAGGUCCCCCUCGCACUCCAUGACCACCCGGAGCAGCCAGGUGGGCAAGCCCCCCUCCGAACUCUCCCCCCUGUCGGCUCACGCCUCCGCCGGCUCCAGCCCGCUGCCGGGCGUGGCGGUCAGUGCCUUAACUCCCACCUUCAGCACCUUCCCGCCUGGAUCUCUGGGCUUCCCGCCGGAGGGCCCCGGGGACUCGUACCCGCCCGGCGCUGUCGGCCGGAGGGCCGCGGCCGGCCUGGGCGUGGCCGGAGACUCCUCCUCUUCCUCCUCCCCGCUCUUCCCCCUCUUCAGUGCCGGAGCCGGGCGGGAGAGGUCCUCAUCCGCCUCCAGAGACGCCGUUCCCCGGGAGAGGGACCGAGACCUGGAGAGAGCGAAAGAACGUGAGAAGGAGAACAAGAAGGAGGGUCGGAAAGAGAGGGAGCGGAGAGGGAAGGGCGCCGCCGUGGAGGGCGUCUCUGGAGCGGCGCCCGGACUCUUGGACGGGAAGGAGGGCGUGGACUCCCUGCCGCCCGUCGCCCCAAAAAAGACCCCGGGCAGGAAGAAGUCCCUGUCCAUCGAUGCGGGCGCGGAGGUUACCCCCACGCCUGCACCCGUGGAUGGGACGGUCCUCCAGGGACCCGCCACCGGUGCCACGCCCAAAGGUCGCCCUGCCAAAAAAGGUCGGCUGGCGGACAGGGGCCAGGAGGCGGAGACCCCGGACAAGGAGAGGGAGAGGGAGAAGGAGCGGGCCGGCGGCCUCUCUCCCCAGUCCAGGCAGGAGGGGCUCCAGAGGAGGCCGUCCCCCGUGGCCUCACUGGGCUCCAUGCUGGCCCAGGCCGAGAAGCAGCAGGUCGCCGACAAACGGGUGGCGGGGCUGCUGAAGAAGGCAAAGGACCAGCUCUUCAAGAUCGAGAGGAACAAGUCCCUAAAGAGCACAGAGCAGCCCAAAGUGCAGGGCCAGGAGGGCAGUGGUGCGGAGGGCGUGGCCAGGGGCCCGCGCAUCAAGCACGUGUGCCGUCGAGCCGCUGUGGCCUUGGGACGCAACAGGGCUGUUUUCCCAGACGACAUGCCCACCCUCAGUGCCUUGCCCUGGGAGGAGAGGGAGAAGAUCCUGUCUUCCAUGGGGAAUGACGACAAGUCGUCCGUUGCGGGUUCCGAGGAGGCGGAGCCCUCCGCCCCGCCCAUCAAGCCCAUCAAGCCAAUCACGCGACACCGCGCGCUGCAGGAGCCCCCGGCCAGGAAGGGCCGCCGGUCCCGACGCUGUGGCCAGUGCCCCGGCUGCCAGGUCCCGGAGGACUGCGGCGUGUGCACCAACUGCCUGGACAAGCCCAAAUUCGGGGGGCGCAAUAUCAAGAAGCAGUGCUGCAAAGUCCGGAAGUGCCAGAACCUGCAGUGGAUGCCCUCAAAGGCGUUUCUCCAGAAACAAGCAGAAGCUAAGAAAGCCAAGAGGAGGAGAAUGGGAGAAAAAAAGGAGGCGCACCACUCGGCCAAGAGCCAGCCCGCCGAGGGAGACCCGAAGCCGGCCCCGCCCCCGCAGAGGGAGGAGCCUGUUCGCAAGAAGAGUGAAACCCCGCCCCCGAAGCACAACGAGGAGAAGCAGAAGCCGUCUCCCCCGGCGACCAGCCCCGCCCCAAAGGACCCCCCGGUGGCCCCGAGCUCCGCCCCGGGGCAGGAGCCCAAGCAGCCCCCGGCGGCCCCCGGCGCCGCGUCCCGGAAGGAGCGCAAGGCGUCGCAGCCCGCCCCGUCUCCGCCCCACCCCGCCCCCGCCCCGGCCACGCCCGCCGGCCAGCCCACUCCGCCGCAGAACCCGCAGAGCCAGGCGCCCCCAAAAAAGGAGGCGGUCUCGACCCACCCCCCCGCCCCCGAGUCCAAGACGAAGCCCCAGCAGAAGGGCGUGGCCACGCUCGGGGCAGACACAGCCAUAGAAGCCAAACAGAAGAAACUGGCUCCUCGGUGUGCACUGGCCCCUAAACAGAAACCCAAAGAAAAGGAAAAGUCGGCUCCCUCCAGAACAGAGAGCAGUACUUUAAACUUGCUCAGCACUCCCUCUAGUGGGGGGAACGGAAAGCAGAAGGCGCCCGUCGACGGAGUGCAUCGGAUCCGCGUGGACUUCAAGGAGGACCACGACAUCGGGAACGUGUGGGAGAUGGGCGGGCUCAGCGUUCUGACCUCUGUGCCAAUCACCCCGCGCGUCAUCUGCUUCCUGUGUGCGAGCAGCGGCCAGGUGGAGUUUGUAUUCUGCCAGGUGUGCUGCGAGCCCUUCCAUCUUUUCUGCCUUGAGGAAUCAGAGCGCCCCCUGCAGGAGCAGUGGGAGAACUGGUGCUGUCGACGCUGCCGUUACUGCCAUGUGUGUGGCCGGCAGCAUCAGAACAGCAAGCAACUGCUGGAGUGUGACAAGUGCCGAAACAGCUAUCACCCAGAGUGCCUGGGUCCCAACCACCCCACCAGACCCACCAAGAAGAAGAGAGUCUGGAUCUGCACCAAGUGCGUUCGCUGCAAGAGCUGUGGCACCACCACGCCGGGCAAGGCCUGGAACGCCCAGUGGUCACAUGACUUCUCCCUGUGCCACGACUGUGCCAAACUUUUUGAUAAAGGUAACUUCUGCCCGCUGUGCAACAAGUGCUACGACGACGACGACUACGAGAGCAAGAUGAUGCAGUGCGCGCGCUGCGACCGCUGGGUGCACGCCAAGUGCGAGCAACUGACAGAUGAGAUGUAUGAGAUCCUGUCCAACCUGCCGGAGAGCGUGGCCUACACCUGCACCAGCUGCACGGAGCGCCCCCCGGCGGAGUGGAGGACCGCUCUGGAGAAGGAGCUGCAGGGGUCUGUGCGGCAGGUCCUCACCGCGCUGCUCAACUCCCGCACCUCCACCCACCUGCUGCGCUACAGACAGGCCGUGAUGAAGCCCCCAGAGCUGAACCCGGAGACCGAGGAGAGCCUGCCCUCCCGGCGCUCCCCCGAGGGGCCCGACCCCCCGGUCCUGACCGAGGUGACCCCGCCCAACGACUCUCCCCUGGACCUGGAGUCCGUGAAGAAAAAGAUGGAUUUGGGGAGGUACAAGGCGGUGCUGGAGUUCAGCGACGACAUCGCCAAGAUCAUACAGAUGGCGAUCAACACCGAUGGCGGGCAACCGGAGAACAGGAAGGCCAACAGCAUGGUCAAGUCCUUCUUCAUCCGGCAAAUGGAGCGCAUCUUCCCCUGGUUUAAGGUGAAGGAGUCCCGGUUCUGGGAGCCACACAAGGGCUCUUCCAGCGGGCUGCUUCCCAACGCAGUGCUGCCCCCGUCCCUGGACCACAACUACGCCCAGUGGCAGGAGAGGGACCAGAUGGCCCGGGCCGAACAGCCCCCCCUCACCAAGAAGAUCAUCCCGGCGCCCCGCCCCAAAGCCCCCGGCGAGCCAGACUCGCCCCCGACCCCGCCGCCCGUGCACGUGGACGGCCCAGACCUCACCCGUGAGGACAGCCCCGAGCUUUCACCCCCGCCAGACGUCAGCGACAACCGCCAGUGUGCCCUGUGCCUGAAGUACGGCGACGACAGCACCAACGACAGCGGGAGACUCCUGUACAUCGGGCAGAACGAGUGGACGCACGUCAACUGCGCUCUCUGGUCGGCCGAGGUCUUCGAGGACGACGACGGCUCGCUGAAGAACGUCCACAUGGCCGUGAUCCGCGGGAAGCAGCUGCGCUGUGAGCAUUGCCAGAGGCCGGGGGCCACGGUGGGCUGCUGUCUGUCCACCUGCACCAGCAACUACCACUUCAUGUGCGCCCGCCUGCGCCACUGCGUCUUCCUGGAGGACAAGAAGGUGUACUGCCAACGGCACCGCGACCUCAUCAAGGGGGAGGUGAUGUCAGAGUCCGGGUUCGAGGUCACACGGAGAAUCCUGGUGGAUUUUGAGGGGAUCAGCCUACGGAGGAAGUUUCUGAGUGGCGUGGAGCCCGAGAACAUCCACAUGAUGAUUGGCUCAAUGACCAUUGACUGCCUAGGGAUCCUGACAGAGCUUUCAGACUGUGAACGCAAACUCUUCCCCGUCGGUUAUCAAUGCUCGAGGGUGUACUGGAGCACUCUGGACGCCCGCAAGCGGUGUGUGUACACCUGCAAGAUCCUGGUGUGCUGCCCCCCAGUGGUGGAGGCCGACAUCAACAGCACUAUGGAGCAAGAAGACAACCACACCAUCGCCCAUAGCCCGCCCACAUCUGCAGUGCGCCCAUCAGAAGGCCAGCUCACCCCGACCACACCAAAGCCAAAGGCAGCCACCCGGAGCCGGCAUCCCAGUUACCCCCCAUGCCAGAGGUCCCCUGGCUCCCGACCGCUCCCUUCCACAGGAGGUCUCUCCAGCUCACCGCAUGAGAUUGUCACGGUCGGCGACCCCCUACUGACCCCUGGCCUCAGGAGCAUUGGGUCCCGCCGCCACAGCACCUCCUCCCUUUCGCCCCAACCUCCCCGUCAGCGGGCCCCCUCUCCACCGCGGGGCCGGAUGGGGGCCUUCUCCUCCGACCCCUCCCUGUCCACGGCCUCCCGGAGCUUGAGUUUGUGGGACACCUCGACGGAGAAGGAGAAAGAGAAGGAGAAGGAGAAGGCGACCGGGAGGGACGCCAAACAGAGCCGCGAAACCAGGACCCUGAGCCCGGGUUCCCAGCACAAAAAUCAGUGCGGCGUUCCGGAGAAACGGGUGGAGGGCGCCCCCCGUCCCACGGGAGGGCAAGUCGAGAGGCCUGCAUCCAGAGCUUCGGAGACACUGCCAGCCCUGGCUGGAAGCAGCCAAGUGUCCCCGCCGCUGGGUACAGCAGUGCUGUCCGGGCACCAGAGGGGUGGCAGCAGCAGCAGCAGCAUGAAGAUGGAAAAAGGGAAGCUGAACGUCAAAGAGCUGUCCGCUGGCCCUGGCCUGGCAUCCCGUCUCCCCGCCGCCACACUGCCCAAGGACACCAGUGGCAGCGACCUGGCAAAGGAGCCUAAUCCAAGCCUGGUGCCAGCUUCCAAAGACCCGCUGAAACCCGGUUCCCCUCAGACAGCACACCACAAAGGUGCAGGGAGGAAGGCCCAAGAUCUCCUGUUGGGGCAGGCCGCACCUCCUGUCACCAAGCCGCAGUGGAUGUCCGGAGCCUCUGCCGCCACCACAGAGGCUGCCGCCAAGCCCGCCUCUCAGGCGGCCGUGUCCUCGGCCACCGGCCGCGGAAUCCCUGCCCUCAAAGAGACUCGCUCCAAAGUCCGAACGCCCGCCAUCAGGGAGUCUGGGAAAGAGAAGGGGAAAGCUCCUCAGAACAGUGUCCCUCAGAUGGACGUGCCGGACGGUGACAGCAAAGGUCCCGGGGCACUGGAGCCAGGGGAGGUGGAAAAGCAAGCGCGGGACAUGCCUCUUAAAGCCAGGGAGAGAUUUUCCAGCCCUGAGAGGAAGAACAGUACCACCUCAGAUGAGCCGCAUGGCAGGUUCGGCUCUGUGAAAGGCCAGAGGUCGUCGCAUGCCCCUUCUGAUAUAACGCGGAAGGAUUCCUCAUCAAGGGACAGAAAGCGCAUGGUCAAGGUAACAUUGACGCCCCUCAAAAUGGAUUCCAACGGGACCAAGACGGCCGGCACCUCCUCCGGGACGGGCACAUCUGCCUCCCUCUUGCCUGCCGGCCUGGGCUCGAAGAAGAAGGCCUCCCGCUCGCCACUCUUUGCCCAGUGUCGAGUUUGGGACAGUUCGGAGUCCGAUGGCCUGCAUCUCCCAGAGGAAGACCCAGAAAAGGGACUCUUCCCCCCCCGUCAGGCUGAGGAGGACGGGGAGGUACAUGGAGCAGAGGAAGAGGGGGAGCACUCUCUGGAGGACGGCAGAAGCGCAGACAAGCACCUUGAGGAAGACAGUGAUGGAGCCGGUUCGGCCAAGCGGCGCUACCCCCGGCGCAGCGCCAGGGCGCGCUCCAACAUGUUCUUUGGCCUGACUCCCUUCUAUGGCGUGCGCUCCUACGGAGAGGAGGACCUGCCCUUCUGCAGCGGAGGGGAGGGCUCCGGGAAAAGACGGGCAGGUGGCGGGACAGGAAAGCGCUCCGCCCAGGGUCAGGUUGACGGGGCCGACGACACGAGCACCACCUCCUCGGGGGAGAGCGGAGAGGAGGAGGAGGGUGGAGUUGGCCAGUGCUCCGAGGACACUUGCUACUACAACUUCACCCGUACCAUCAUCAGCCCAACCGGCGGGAGCGUCCUGCCCAUGGGCGGGAUGCAGCGGUGCAUCAUGGGAAGAGGGUCCCAGCUUCACAGGUUUCUGAAAGAAGAGCGGAGGGAUGAGGAGAGGGAAGGGACGGCGGCAGCACGUCGGCAGUUGGGACGUCCCAGGAUUGGCCAGCUGGACGGGGUGGAUGACGGCUCGGAGAGCGAUGCCAGUGUUAGCGCUGCUACCACAACAACCACCUCUACCACAGCAGCCACGGGCUCCACCUCUUCCAACAAGGGUGGUGGGAGGAGGAAGGGCCGGGAGGCGCGGACAGAAAAGCUUGAUCUGGACGCCGGAAAGGAGGCAGAGAACAGUGGUGGAGGGGGCGGAUCCAGCAAUAGCCGUGACGGUAGAAAGAGUCAGAAAGAGAACAACUUGCCGCUAGGCAGCGUGAAAUCCCAAGGGCAGGACCCUCUGGAGACCCAGCUCUCCCUCAAUACCGAUCUGCUCAAAUCGGACUCCGACAACACCAACAGCGACGACUGCGGUAACAUCCUGCCUUCCGACAUUAUGGAAUUUGUGCUCAACACGCCCUCCAUGCAGACGCUGGGCCAGCAGCCGGAGGCAUCCUCCUCUGAGCUCUUGUCCCUGGAAGAAGGGUUCGGGCUGGACACUAAUCGGGCGAAGGAUAUCGGCCUCUUCGAGGACUUCCCGCAGCCCCUGCCCAGCGCAGAGCCAGGAGAGAGCGGCGUGAGUGCGUCCAUCACAGGGGAGGAGUCGUACGGCCUUCCCCUGGAGCUGCCCUCGGACCUGUCUGUGCUCACCACCCGCAGCCCCUCGGUGACCAAUCAGAAUCACAGUGCCCUGAUCGCGGAACCUGCCGAACGUCCCAUCCUCUCCCUGCCCUCCGGUGACUCCGCCGCGGAGAAAGGGGAGGAGAAGCAGAGGGGAGGCAACAGCGCUUCCACGGAGACCCCGCAAGGGGCGGCGGCGAGCGGGGACUCUCAGGUGACGGAAGGUCGGAUGACACCGGAAGAGCACUUCAUCCCCGACCGCAUGACGAGCCCUCCCGUUGGCCAGGCGGUGGAGCCGAGCGGCCAGGAUUUGGCACGUGCUUCCGGAACACCUGGGCUCCCUGGCUCACCGUCGGUGCCCCUCCAGGGGCAGAAGUACCUGGCCACAUCCGUGGAGAGCUCCAGCCCUGCCCAGGUGCCCAGUACCACAGUCCAAACCGCUACCAGUCACCUGAAGCCCGGCUCAGAAAAGCUGUUUGUGCUUAACCAGCACAUGCAGCGGCUCUAUGUCCUGCAGACCCUCCCCAAUGGCGUCACGCAGGAGAUCCAGAUAGGCCCGUCAGUCAGCACCACCGGAGCUAUGGACACCAGCUCGAUGGCUCUGGCAACGGGCAUUGGUACCAGUGUACCAGCCUCCAGUGCCAUGUUCCCAGCUGGCAGUAAAGGACUGGUCACGAUGUCUCACCACUCUCACAUCCACACCUUCCCUGUAGUCACACAGGCCAGCUUCCAGCCUGGUAUUCCCAGUACCACUUCCGGCCUCCUCAUCGGGGUCCACUCCCCGGACUCCCACGGCGAGCUGGCACACGGUGCCACCAUUGUCUCCAGCGCCUCGACAACGUCCCCCUCCUCAGCAACGCCCACCUCAGGGCAUGGCAAGAAGCGGCCGUUGACCCGGCUCCUGCCACGUAAGACCAAGAAGGUAGCCCGUUCCGGAAGUCAACCGGUGCUGACUCCUGCCGAGGCCACGCCCAUGACUCUCAUCAACUUCUCGCCUACCCAGAUCUCUGCAGGCAUACCCACGCAGUCGGGUCUGGUGGAGCUGGGAGCAGUCACCUCGGUGACCGCCGCGUCCCAGCGCAAAGUUCCAAACAUCAUCAAGCGACCCAAACCCGGCGUGGUGUACUUUGAGCCUGCCCCCAUACAGGGGCUGUCAGCCCCUCCUGUGCAAGCGGGUGUCCUGGGCCAGGAACCCCCGAAACACCUGGUGCCGUGCACCGUGGCUGGGCUGCACCCAAACCAAUCUGUGCUUAAUGUGGUCCCAAUGGGGCCAGGGUCAGUGUCCCUGAGCUCCCCAGCAGGACUCCUGGGCUCCGCCGAUAUGACGGGGUCCAUCGGAGGCCUGCUGCUGAAAGCUGGUCCGCAGAGCCUGGCCUUGCCCGAGCAGCAGGUGGUCCUGCAGGCAGGCGGCUCCGUGAUCUCCCAGCUGGGCGGCCCCGCCCAGCCCCCCAACACCAGCAGCAUAUGCGUGCUGCCCCCGGGCCAGACCAUCAGCAUGUCCGUGGGCCAGAAGCCGGGUCAGCAAGGCGCCACCUACCAUCUCCAGCCUCGCCCGCAGUCCCGGGUGUCUGCCGACAAGCCCCAGACCCUGGAUCGCGUUUCCGCGGGGCAGGAUGCCAGCAGGUCCCGUGCGGCGAGCAGUUCGGCACAGAGCUCGCGCACCACCCCCAUCUCCCGGGGCCCGGAGCAGCUGAGCAGCGCCGUGCCUCUGGCCCCGGCCUCCAGCAGAGGAAAGCCCAAAGCUAAGCGGACCCAACGCAGCCCGGACAAGGCCAGCGGGAAGAAACACAAGCUCCGGCGUUCAGAGAGCCCCCUCAACACUCACGACAAGCAGGGUCGAACGUCCCCGUCCCCUCGGCCCAGAGACGCUUUCUCUCCUGACCUCAUGGAAGUGGAGCCGAACGAAAGGGACCAGAAGACCUGUGGGACCCCAGCUGCAGUGGCCAUUCCCUCUGUUCUUACCUCCAAGGUCACAGAGUCCAAACCCAAAGUCUCAGUGCCAGUCCUCCAGGCUCAGAGUGAAGGGGCCGGGGCAGGCCUCAGCGGGGAAAUGGUGGAAAAGAGGAGGGAUGCCUUACCGGACAGGGAGCCCAGGCGCGGGUUGAUGUUUGAGAUCUGCAGUGACGAUGGCUUCCAGAUCCGCAGCGAGAGCAUUGAAGAAGCCUGGAAGUCUCUCACGGAUAAGGUCCAGGAGGCGCGCUCCAACGCCCGACUCAAGGAGCUCUCCUUCGAAGGAGUCAGCGGGCUACGCAUGCUGGGUGUGAUUCACGAUGCUGUCCUCUUCCUCCUGGAGCAACUCCAAGGGGCCCGGCACUGCCGCAACUACCGCUUCCGCUUCCACAAGCCGGAGCAGCCUGAGGAGCCGCCAAUCAACCCCCACGGCUCCGCCCGUGCAGAGCUGCACCACAGGCGAUCGGUGUUCGACAUGUUCAACUUCCUGGCCUCUAGACACAGACAGCCUCCUGAAUACAGCCCCAAUGAUGAAGAUGAGGAGGAGGUGCAGCUGAAGUCUGCCAGACGGGCCACGAGCAUGGACCUGCCUAUGCCCAUGAGGUUCCGGCACCUGAAGAAGGCCUCCAAGGAGGCGGUGGGGGUCUACAGGUCGCCCAUCCACGGUCGCGGUCUUUUCUGCAAGAGGAACAUCGACGUGGGAGAGAUGGUGAUCGAGUACUCCGGCAACGUCAUCCGCUCUGUCCUCACUGACAAACGGGAGAAGUACUACGACAGCAAGGGCAUCGGCUGCUACAUGUUCCGCAUCGACGACUACGAGGUGGUGGACGCCACCACGCACGGCAACGCGGCGCGCUUCAUCAACCACUCCUGCGAGCCCAACUGCUACUCGCGCGUCAUCAACGUGGAGGGCCAGAAGCACAUCGUCAUCUUCGCCAUGCGCAAGAUCUACCGCGGCGAGGAGCUCACCUACGACUACAAGUUCCCCAUCGAGGCGGUCGGCAACAAGCUGCCCUGCAACUGCGGAGCCAAGAAGUGCCGCAAGUUCCUCAAUUAGACGACAACCCUGUCCCCCCCCCCGACCCGACCCGACCCCACCCCACCCCUCUCCUCUGCGCUCCGCUCCCCCCCCCCUCUUUUUACCUCCAGAGCUUGCCCGGUUCCAUGGCACCCCUCUUCCUUGAGUUUCUGCACGAGGGGGAAUUAGCACUGCGUGGGCCAGCUAUGUUGGUGUCGCGUCAGCGCGCAGCUGAAGAUGGGGCAAGGGAGGUCCUGGGGUGUUUGCACUAGCUUGAAAGGCCUCUUGUUUUGUGAAGGGGUGUGUUGAGGAAGGAAGCAAAUUAUUUAUUACUGUGCCUCAUGUUUUUACAGUUCUAUAUAUUAUUUUUUUAUCUCAUUAGAAAGACGAGUUUAAAAAAAAUAAAAAUUUUAAAAAAUUUAAAAAAGGAAAAAUGCACAAGGUGACACGUUUGUAUCACGGUGAGACCCGGGAGUCUUGGGGUUUUCCUCCAUUUUGAUUUAUCUAAUAGAACGAGUCAAAUUUCAGCCCCAUUCAUAGGAAAUCUUAUCUAACACCUUACAGCUAUACACAUGGUACUUUGACUACUGAAACUCAAAAGAACUGACCUUUGAUGCUCAACUCUCAACAAUUAAGCAAACACAAAAGUAGUUUUGUUAUUUUUUCAGAAGCAACCCCCCCCCCCCCCCCCCCUUUUUUCCUUACAAUAUUUACACCAAAGUGCAAUUUUUGAAGGGAAAUGCAAGAAACCUUUCUUUCUUUCUUUCUUUCUUUUUAGAGCAAAAAAAAAAAAAAAAGGAAAAAAAAGACCAAUUUGGUUGUAAUAAUCAGAGCCCUUGCUUCCCUGACAACCUGGGCCCUUCCGAAGCUCCUCAGUGUUUGAAUGUGCAUUGAGGCCUGCAGAAAAAAAAUAAAAAUAAAUAAAUAAAGAGCCAUGCCGGGUCUGUUUUUAAAAAAGAACUAAACUUCCAUAACCGUUUUUCUUUUUCUGUCAAUAAAUAUAUGUAAAUAAUAUAUCCUUUUGUCAACCCGACUUUGACGGGUCUGGAGCAGUGUGCAUUUUAGACACUAGAGGGAGUGCCAGUCCAUGUUUCAGGUCUGGUUUUUAUGGAAUUGUGUAGACUUGCGUAGUCAUGCUGAUGUUCAUGACGAAAUCUUGCGCACGCAUGCAGGUAAAAGUGCAAGGCGUGCGCUCUUAGAGGCUGCGAGGACAGGGCUUCGCUGGGCGGGGCUACUGGUGGACUCCACAGCUUUGGGACUGGGCUGUUUGACGUAGAAAUAUGAACAAACGACAUUGUACAGUAGCAGAGCCGGUUGGCUCACACUUGUUCACUUACCUCUUUGUAUCUGCUGUUCGGAUUUAGUGACAGGCAGCGGGGGACGUACGCCGUUUAACACACUCUGUCUGUCCGUGUAUCUGUCUGUCUUCUACGGGCAAGAAAUACCCUUUCAGACCUGCAGUAAGACAAUUGAUUCAGUUACAGAAGAGGUCCAAUUCAUUUUUACCUGUGAUACAUUUUUCCUAGCAUUUCCACAAAUUGAAAUUUUUUAGCAAAGAUGAAAAUUGAGGCUACAUUGUUUAAUAUUUUGUUGACUUGGACUGCGUCAUUGACCUUUCCCUAAUUUCUACCAUUCAGUGGGGAAAGACGUUCAUGCUUUAUUUUCUAAAAUGUAAAUAAUAUGUAUAUUUUUCUAUAAUCGAGACAAAAAAACGCACUUGCUGGUGAAAAAGCACUUAACGAUGGUAUUUAUUUUUUUAAUAAAACGAGUUGUAUUUAUUUUACUGGCGCCUAUUUUGUAGGAAAGUGAACUGUUUACAAAGGCUAAAAGCUCGGUGUAGACUUUUUUAAAUGUAGAGAGCUGCCUUAUUUAUUUUUUAAGAAAUUCUGUUCUUGCAUAUUUUGCAGCCUGAAUGUCUUGGUUCCAAAGACUAAAGUUGUUUUCCAUCCCCAUAGACUGCAGUCCACCAGUUGCUCGUGCCCGUUUUUUCAAUCCAUGUUGGUUUGCCUCACGCAGAAGUAGGACGUCGUUUAGUACCGACGAUUGUAAUUGUAGGAAAAUACAUUCUAAUUACGUCUGUUUGAAUUUUGGCAGGCUUCUGUUCGUUGCAGCCUUUCGGCCUAACAGAAGGGAAAUUAAGCAUACUCAUAAGCCUUUAAAUUCUUCAGGCUUUGUUUUUAUCUUUGGUCUUUGCUCGUUAGAGGAAAUUUUGAAGUACGAGUGGAACGUUUCAAGCUAACUUUGUGAAUUUGUAUCCAGUCCAGUUUUAAGGUAGAUGUAUAUUUAUUUUUUAGGCGCAUUUAUCAGUCGGAUCGUGUUAGUCGUAGUACAUUUGCAGCACUGCUAAUAGAUGGUGUUGGAUAUCCAAUGAUACGGAUUUGCCCCUACACAGAGCACUGUUUCCACGGGGGCGGGGAAUCCACACCAACACGUGCACCUCUUCAGCCUCUCCCUGCUAAUGGGUUUUAAAGUCUGCAGAGGAUCUGUAGGCUAAGGGAAUUUUGAAAACACAUUUAACAAAUAUUAUUAUGCCUCUUGGCUGUUUUCAGUGUGCGGCCUGAGCAGGGAGUGCAGAGGAAUCUAGUUCAUACCGAGCAGCUGUUUUCCUCCCCCGCCGUGGUAUAUUUUGUCUCAGCUAUUGUAAAUGUGUCUCUCUCUCAAAAAAAAAAAAAAAAGUGAGAAGCACUCCAGACCAAGGCUCAUCUCCGUUACGUUGUAUAAUGGUCACUGUUAUGAGCCGAGUGUUCCAAGUCAACCGUUUUCUGUCUCUCCACUCAGUUCUAUCACUCGAUAUUGAAUGUAUUUUAAACAUAGAACGAUGGGACGGGAUGUGUAAACAUUGAACACACGAACAGUAAUGGGUUUUUUUUUGGUUUGUUUUUUUUUUUUUUUUACACGUGGAUGGCGUGUUAAGAGGAACAGAACUUCACAGAGAGCGUUAUAGUAGCAUGCAGGGAUAAUGGACCACUGUCAUUGGUGGGAGAGGAGACGCCGAACUCGAUAUAAUGGGAACCGAAUAACGGCAGUGAUGCUGCUAAUCUUCGAAGGGCUUAGGUGGGAGAGGAGGAGGGGGGGCAUAAGUGCUUUCAUUUCGGGGUCCGUUUUAAUGCAAUAUUGAGACCUGUCCUUCACAGUAGGGGGAGGUCGUCUGUCAGCUCUGGGUGUACAAAUGGCAGACUUCAUUCUGUCAAAAAAAAUAAUAAUAAAAGAAAAAAAAAUCCAUUGUAGUCUUUUCUUCACCUUAUCUUGUGAUCCCCACAGUACCUCUGCAUCUGUAGUAACUCCAUCUUAACUUUCUCUAUAUAUAUACACACAUACAUAUAAAUAGCAACUUAUACUUCAGUAUCUACAAACUAUUACAGAAUGGGCAAACAAUAGUUACAGUAGCAAACAGCGGCUUUACUAAAGCGAAUUGCAUCUUUUCUCAGUGUACACUCUCUAAUGGUUUUUGUGUUACAGUAUCAACUUAGAUAAAGAUUACCGUUGUGCUGCAGCUUGUAUUUUUGGUCCCCAGUACCAGUUCUUCUGUGCCUGUGAGCGCUUCUUCUGUGGGAGUGCUACAGUUUCUCUUUUGUUUUCUAAAAAGGAACGAUAUUUAUAGUAUGAAAAAUAUAUCUGUAUAAUGUGGUUGUGAACUUCUUGAGGUCAGCCAUUUUGAUUGUGUUUUUUUUAUUGUGGUAGUGAAUGUUUUUUGUUUUUUUUCUUUUUCUUUCUUUGUACAUUUUUUUACAGGGAUUUUAGACCGAUUACUUGAUGUGGUAUAAUUCUGUUAAAUUUAUGUAGGCCAGAGAAAGAAGCCUUUCCCCACACACACCCCCCCCCCCCCCCCCCAUGGUAAAACCUCCAACUAAAUGUUCUUCUGGCUGACCACAUCUCCUCUGCUCUUAUCUAUCAGGACGUUUUGGUUUUAUUGUUGUGGUGUCUUAUGUAAGAAAAUGAUGAUGAUGAUGAUGAUGAAGAUGAUGGUAAUGAUGUUAGUUUAAAAAAAAUUAUUAUACAUUUUGGUUUUUAUGCUCGUACUAUUGGUAAUUUAUUUUUUGCUACUUUGAAUUAGUCAGUUAAGUAGAUGUCUUCUGUACUCUGCUGAAGAGGGUGGAUGAGUAUGAUUUUAAUGAUAUAUUGUUUGUAUACCAGUGCUGUCAUGUAAAGUAUUGCAGAGGUUUGGGACUUGUGUGGAAUGGCCUGGGAGGAGGGGGGGGUGGGAGUUUGGAAAAGGAUUCCUUUUUUCUCUGGCCCUGAAUUGAACACUCCUGUGUUUUGGUGUUUUCCCAUGUGGACUCCUGAGCUCCAUCAUGAAGACUAUUGAUGAUGAUGAUGAUGAUAAAGGUGACAUGUCCGUAUGGGUCUCCACAGUGUUCUUGUAUUGCAAAAAUGAAGGAAAGACCGUUAUAACAAAUAAUAAUUUUAAACCGUACUAUAACUACUUAAGACUGAAUGUAAAAUAAUGAAAAAAGAAAAAAAUCUUUGUAAAUAAUUGUAAAAAGUAAAGUUUCUAAUCAUGUUUAUUUUCUAUGCACUUUUUUAUUUAAGUGAUAGUUUAAAUAAUAAACAUAUCCAGAUCA